AAUCCACAAUGUUUGCAGAUGACACCAUCGUUCUAACAGAAGGUUCUUCCAUUCAUGAUUUAAAUGUGAAACUUAACCUUGUUGCUCAAGAUCUCUCAACAUGGACUCAACAAAACCGAAUGGUGACUAAUACAUUGAAAACCAAGACCAUGCUCAUUCAUUCUCCCCAACAACUUAAGAAUACUUCAGGCCGUUCUCUAUCAGUUACUCUUAAUGGCAACAUACUUGCACAGGUGAAGCAAGCAAAAGUGUUGGGUUUAACGCUUGACGAGUUUUUAAUUUGGACCAAGCAUAUUGACAACUUGUGUUCAACAAUCAAUAGUAGACUUGCUUUAUUACGCAGGAUUAAACCCUUUUUAACUAAGGACUGUGCUCUUCGUUUCUAUAACUCCUUUAUUAAUUCAAGUCUUAUCUACUGCUCUGUAACUUGGGGAAACUGCUCAAAAACACUUUUACUUUGCAUUCUUUGACUGCAAAAGCGUGCAGCACGUAUUAUUCUAGACGCUGACUUUUCUACUCCUUCUGUUCUUCUUUUUUCCCAGAUUCGAAUAAUCCCAAUUUUUGAUCUUGUUAAAUUUAGGAAGCUUCUCUUACUAAUUAACAUUCUCACAAAUCCCAGUGUUUCAUCUUCAUUUAAGCAAAUGUUUAAAUUCUUAUCUUCUAUCCGACAACGGGCUCUGACUAGAGCUUGCGCAUAUGACCUUCAACCCCCCUUCCCGCAUACUGACUCUGGUAAACGAACAUUUCUGUACAGUGCUUCCAUUCUUUUUAAUUGCUUAGAUAGCGAUUGUAAGUAACUUGCUGCUUCGCCAUCUUGCUCUUCAUAUACUAAUGCCAAACAAAAAAUUCGUAAAAUCUUUCUUAACGAGCUUACCCUUACUAACCAUAUCGAAGAUCUAUUUUGUAUAAAUUGUAAAUAUUUACUAAAUUGUAAUUGUAUUCAUUACUAAUUAUUUUUUUCUCAAAUGUAAAUAGUCGUAAUCCUUAAUACUUUUUAUGCCUGUAAAUAUCAAAAUAGUGCGAGGGCCGUAUGUUAGAUAACUUUUACGGUUAAUACAUUUUCCCUCGUGAAAUAAAGUUUCUAUUCUAUUCUAUUGGUACCUUUACAAUGAACAUCGCCAUCUCUACUGGACCGAGUACUGGUAAAUCAAUGAAAUUGAACUAUCGACGCUUCAUAAAAAAUAAACAUUAUAAAAGCUUACAGAAAUGGUUUCCAUUAAAAGAACUUGUCAAAUUUGGUUUGUUCAGAUGCAAGAUUUGUUCCGUGAUUAUAUAAUCAUAAUUCAUACUCAAACUGAAUAUUUAAACUUCAAAUAUUCGUGGUGAUUGUUUCAGAAUUUUGUUCUAAUGUGAUGUAUACUGUAGAAAAAUAUGUAAUACUUCGAUGCGUAUCUGCAAGUAUUGCUAACUGAACUGUCAGCUCUUUCUGUACUAUUUCUCCUCAAUAAAGUCUCACUCUAAAAUGUACUCGAGUUGAUUAUACUUGUCUAGAUCUGUAAACUGUACUAGGUAGCGGCAGCAAAACUUUAUGUUACCACUACUGUUCUAACUUACUGGCAAUGGCUGCCUUUUACAGUACAAGAAUAUAAGAACCUUCCCACUUCCACAAUCUGUUGUAAAUUACAUGUAAUUUUCUGUAAAUUGUUUUGUUUUUCUGUAGCAGUUACCAAAUUAUGAGCAGAUAUGGUGACACCGAAAUUUAGUUUUUAUUUGUAUAUCCCCAGCGAGUUAACGCUCUAUAUUAAAGUAUCACUAAUAUAUUAGCAAACAAUCUGUAUAGAAUCUCAAGACAAUCUGCUAGAAUAUUUUUUUUUGAUAUUUCAUAUUUUUUUUUUCUUUUUCAUGGUUGAAAUGCAGCGGAUAUAUGCUGCUGAGUUUGGCCCACAAGAAGCUGAAAAAGCAUUGAAUACUGAAAUGACCAAAGAGGAGAAAGAUAUAUAUUCACAUCAAGAAACUAAAACGUCAGCGUGA